AUGGGGGAGCGCGGUGCCAUUGGUGCUGGCGCCAUGCUGGCGUGGUGCUGGGCCGGCGUGUCCCUGGCAUUCCUUCAUCAACGAAACCUCUCUCCCAAAGAACAACUCCUCAAAAACGCAAAUAAUUGGGUCUCCCGCAUCCGCAUCAGAGCCAAAUGGCUCCUCAAGCGCUCCAACCGCCCCUUUAACACCGACGACUACUCGGCGUUCUUUUCCUGGCUCGUCAUCAGUAAUGCCCUCCUCAUCAUUCUCGCGACCACCACCUUCUUCUCACUUUUGAUCUUCACCAUCAACACCGUGUUUGCCCAGGAGUUUGUGGCUCGCCAGCUCGGUGAGUUCAUCACCAAGAACUCAAAGUUAUCGGUGGUAUUUGAAAAUGCCAUUGUACCGGGCUGGAAAGAUGGUAAAAUCUCCUUUCAAAAGGUGCUGGUCAGCAGAAGACCCAAGAAGUCUCGCAAAUUCAUCAAGGGAACCAGCACCGCCGAGCAGGCGCUCUUGGACGAUGUUGUCGAGUACGACGACGGCAACUACACGCAAUACGACCUUACGAUUGAACAGGUGAACAUGACAUUAAGCUUUAAUAAAUGGGUCAACGGUCACGGCAUCAUCGACACCCUCGAAAUGCAUGGCGUUAGGGGGGUCAUCGACAGGACCCACGUUGUGUGGGACCCCAGUGAUAGUGCCACCAACUAUAAAAACGUCUAUCACCCAGGAGACUUUGAAAUCGAUAACUUCAAAAUCGACGACAUGCUUGUGACUCUCUACCAACCAGAUGGGUUCCGACCUUUUAACGUCGAGAUAUACAACAUGCUGACGCCGCGGCUACGCAAACACUGGCUCUUCUAUGAUCUUUUGAACUCGGACCUCGUCAACGGGUCCUACGAUGGAUCUUUGUUCACCAUCCAUAAACGACAACGGGUCGAUGAGAUCGAUACGGUGUUGGCCGAGGCCUUGGGUGGCGGCGGUAAGGACACCAGCAUCCUCAACGAGUCCAAUUUCCGGCUUCAGUGCUGCCGUAUCAACUCCCUCAAUUUGGACCACUUGAACAGAGGUCUUGAAGGACCGUUUGGGUGGAUCACCAAUGGAAAAGUCGACAUGAUAGGAGACUUUGUCAUCCCCAUCAACCCGCCCGAUGAUAUUCUUUCGUACUUGCGGACCCUCAAGGACAACAAAAAUCGGUACCACGACAAACUCAAAUCCCAGGAUCCAGACCCCAGAAUUCUUUUAAAUCUCAGCAUCAAACUCAACAACGUCAGGGCGUCGGUACCGUUCCAGACCCCGGAGCUCUCAUACAUCAACUAUGCAUUGAUCCGUCCCAUUGUGGCGUACAUCAACUCCAAAAACACCUACAUCGAGUUGCAUAACCAGAUUGUGAAAACCUUGAGUGACUUUGAAGGGUCUUGGACCGUGUACGACAGUCUUUUGAUGGACGACAUCAGCAUCGAGGUAUACAACAACUUCGUCAACUACGUGGCGGAUGAGGAAAGCCGGUUGGUGCGGAUGAAGAAGGUGAGUUUCUGGAGUGCCCAACUCCUUUUGCAACUUCUUCUCUUGACCAUUGGUGCUCUUAGUUAAAGGGUCAUUAUCAACACAAACAACGUCAAGUAGCACACCAAGCUGAUUGCCGUGAGAAUAAUCACACUGGUACCACUGGUCCGGAAAUACUCAGUGCCCUUGUUGGGGUUAUAGUAGAAGUCCACACUUCUACUCUUGUAUACACCUAUAAUGAACACAACCAUUCCGUAUAACGUGUAGAUGGUUCCAAUGGGAAGAAACUCCUUGGAGAAAAGCUUGAUGAUCAUGAUCGAGAACGCAAGGCUACCGAUGGCAGUCCGGGUGUAGGCACCUUCGUAGGUUCUUUGGUGAGCUCUGAUGUCAAGCUUUUGGUUGUUCUCAAAAAGAUCCAAUCUGGUGGGGCGUCUGUGGGCGGUAAAGUUGGUCUGUUGAGAGGGGACGGUUUGGAGUCCCCAGAAGCCGGUGCUUGCUCCCACCACCUCGUCCACUGUCACCGUAUCGUCGUUGUUACUGCUAUAGCUUGAGUCCUGGUUCAUUUAGCUCCUU